AUGUCGUCUCUAAACUAUUUCCUAGAUAGGACGGAACAGUCCAUAGAGUCCAUCCAAUCGUUGCGCUUCCAUCCGCCCGGCCUUUUCACCAACGCCAUUGUCAAGAGACCCAGCAUCACUACGUUGUUGAAGGACCCGUCCGUAGAUGAGGGAGCUUUAUACAAAAUAACAAAGCCUAGAAACCAAACGCGGACAGCCAUCAAAGGAAGCACCAGGUAUGAGAGUUCCAACAGAAUAAACAUGGAAAUCCGCCCCGAAAGGGCUGACGGCAAGUCUAUCUACGUGGACCAGAGCUUCCAGGAGUACAUUCAGUACAAGGGCGACCAAGGCGACCAGGAGAGUCUUGAAAGCAAAUCGGUAGUGAAGCUACCACAAUUAGCACAUUCAUCGAGCACUUCGCCCAGGAGGCGAAAGUCAAUGACCACCCUGUUGUUCUCGGCUGAGACUAAAGAUGUGGGCCAGAUAUGUUCGCAAAUCUUGACUGUGAUCCAAAAGUACCCCAACUUGAUCGAAGACCGUGAUGCGAUUGUGGAUAAGGUGAUGCAGAGUCAGAAUGAAUACAGCCUAUUGGCUAACCAAUGUGCUCAGUUGGAGUCGGAAAUUGAUGAUCAGAAAAGGCAGUUGACAAUACUAAAUAUCAAUUACAGUGAUAUUGGAAGCCCUAUCAAAUCCAGUGGGCAGGACAAAGUCUAUGACGACGAAGAGGAAUUGGAUAUCGAGGAGUAUAUACGGCAGGAAGAAGAGGAAAUCCGGUUAUUGGAGCAGCAGUUGGAUAGCAUGCAGGGUAACUAA